AUGGUAGAAACUCGCAAAUCUUUGCGGCGCACGGCGAAGGACAAGGACACUGUCGGCGAAGAGAAUACUGGUACCGUCAAGGGCAAAAGGCAGAACGCGGCCGGUGACCACGGAGACAAGCAAACCGACAAAAAUAGCAAGAGGAAGAAAGGAAAACUCAGGCUGCUCCUGGAGAUGCCCCUGGAUGUUCUGUACGAGAUACUCGGGAAGUUGCAUCCUCUCGACUUACUUCGCUUGUCAUGGACGGCGAAGGAGCUCCGACGUACCGUGAUGCACCGCUCUGCGCGUGCGGCAUGGAUCCCAGAACAUCAUGCAAUAAAUGCCUCAAGGAACAAUAGACUGCUGUUUCUUAGGAGCGACGCGGGGGAGAUUAUGCGGUUGCUGCAGUCAGAACGGACCCCAGACGAACUCGGCGACAUUCUUGAUGAAAGGUCAGAGAAAAUUCAAUCAUUGAUGGAGAUUCUCCACAAACUCUUUGGCAUGGGUCUGGCGCCGGAGGUUCAAGCUAUCAGCGAGUACGAUGUCUCUUCCUUAACGGAGCACCCGCUCGUUUCGCAGCCCAAAGAACUCACUGAGCGUAUUUGGAACAACAUCAAGGACGAGGUCAUAGAAUUUGUACAAGAGAAGUCACUCGAAGUGGCGGAGGCAAUACGCAAGAACACUAUGCUCGCUCACGACGCCAUAGUAUCCGCCCUAUACCAGGAAUGGCUGGAGUUGCAGUCCCCAGUGGACCCAUUCCCCUCUGUUGCGGACGUCUGCUUGAUGAAGGAGUUCAGCGAGAUUCUUUCCCGGCGAUUAAAUGUUGAAGUCAGCGAGGAGGACUUUGUCCCGGCUAUAGAGUCCCUACCUCGGCUAGUGGAGGAGUGGAGAACCGAAAUCAAGCUCAAGCUCUGCAAACUGAUGCCUCACGAGGAAGACGAGGAAGAACAGGUCUGGAAGGACCCCCGUCACUUGGAAUUGGCUACAACCAUAUUCCGAUGCAAGAUGUGCACUGAGCUCAUACACUACCCUCGGGCGCUCUUCCACGCGUGCACAACGAAGCUGAGUUAUCUCGGCCAGGACCUUCUCAGUGGGGGACAAAGUGACAUGAGAUUCAGAUGGGUGGCGCUGCGCUGCGCGCCGUGGAAUUGCGACAGCCACAGACUGCAGUUCGACGAGGGUGCUUCGGAGGUCGCGAGACGGUUGGUCGUUGCAUGCAGCCUCGACCCGGGGGUGACAACGAAGAACGAGAUGGACGACCGCAGUGAUAGGUUUGCGUGCGAGGGGUCCGAGCGUGAGCAAACAAUUGUGACGUGGAAUGUAGCAGUGCGGCUCGGUGUGCAUCAGUAUGAAAGCAGGGGGAAACUCAGAGGAUUCGUUCGCCUGUCUCCUCGAGACUCGAUAGAUCUGCAACUUGCCUUAUGCCGCCGUUGGCCUUUCCCUUGGUUGUCCGACAGACCCGGACGGCUCCCGCAAGACUGGCAUUGCAUCGUUUGUCGCAAGUUGAUGUGCCCCCCCUUUUUACGUAACGACGCUGAGGUGGUUCUGGCACACAUGCACCGUCACGGAGUCAGUGUGGAUGCGGAUGUGAAAGACUACGCUUAUCAUGAUCCUGAUUCGAAUGCGUGUUCGUGGCCACCGAGUGUCGAGAUGAAGAUGAAGGAUCCACCUGUUGCCGCUGCCGUUUGA